GGUUUCGACAGUCCAGUGGUACAGCCGUUGGUGAAGUGGAUUUUGUGUUUGCGGGAUAACUUUGUACUACGAGGCUACGAGCGUAGCCCGCCCACCACUGCUGAAGGGACCACAUGAACGGUCAGUGACCUGAAAAGCAGACAUCGGUAGGAAGAUGAAGCCGCGAGGGUUGAGCGUCAUGCACGCCUUCUCAGCUCUUACUAUGCUUACGAUGGCUAAUGCACAAACGACUUGUAAUCAGGGUAUGGGACGAGUUAUGUAUGAAAGACUUCCCAAUCAACAACUCCAUGGCUUCGAUGAUGAUGUUAUUCGUGAAACAGCACCCCCAUUUCGGGUCUUGGAAAAAUGCCAAGAUCUUUGUCUUCGUGAUCGAUCUGGAAAUGGCCUUGUAAGGACUUGUAACUCUAUAGACUUCCAACCUGGAGCGAGGAUAGCAGCCUUCAGCCCGGAACCGGAGUAUGAGGAGUCAACCUGCUACCUUACAAGGGAACAGGCGGCUCCAGAGGGAAUAGGAACGUUAAUGAUUGUCCCCAACAGUGUUCAUUUCAAUGAGAUCUGCUUGUCCUCGAAUCGGCCAGAACGGGAAUGCCCAUCCAGACGCUAUGUGUUCGAACGCCACGCUCGUAAGCGUCUCAAACUGCCAUCAUCAGAUUUAAAGGACAUCAUGGUUGCGAACCGUACAGAAUGUGAAGACAAGUGCUUGGGAGAGUUCAGUUUUGUGUGUCGUUCGGCCACUUUCGAUUCGGCUCUAAGGACCUGCUCGUUGAGUAGGUUCACGAGAAGAACCCACCCGGAGUUGUUGGAAGAUGAUCAUAACGCGGAGUAUCUGGAGAAUACCUGUUUGAACGCUGAGAGAAGAUGCGACGGCCUAGCUGUCUUCAUAAAGGAAGAGAACAAACGACUGGGAGGCCCAUUCGAAGCGGAUGUCUUCUCCAAUAUGACACUAGAUGAAUGUCAAUCUAUGUGUGUCCGAGCCGAAAAGUACUUUUGCCGUUCUAUAGAGCACGAUGAAGUGACAAAGCAAUGUGUUCUUUCUGAAGAAGACUCUGUGUCCCAAAAGGAUGACGUCACUGUUAGUGCAUCGCCUACUCACCAUUUUUACGACCUUGUCUGCCUGGAUAAUCUCUCUCACCGGGUGACAGCUCGCGGUACCGAGUACCCGGACAACAGUGCGACAUCCCACCUGUUUGCCCCGGGACGGCGUCCGGACACAGCCUUCCAACGGUACCGCAACAGCCGGAUAACCGGGGAAUUCCACUCGGAAAUAACGGGACGAUCGCUCAGCGAGUGCCUGGAUGAGUGCUUGCGACAGACGAGUUUUCAAUGCAGGUCGGCCGUAUAUAGCGAUCGUGCAAGAACAUGCCGACUCAGCAGAUAUAACCAAAAAGAUGGAAUGCGUCUACUAUACGACCCUGACUUUGAUUACUAUGAAAACUUAAUGCAUCAAAUAGUAACUGGGGAGAAUGAUGUAUCCAGCGGUGGUUCGCAGUCAUCCUGGGGAAAGCCAAAUAAAUCAGGUGGUACCAACAAUGAUAGAGACAGGGACAGGGAUAGAGAUAGAUAUCCUCCGGGCGUAGACCGCUAUCCGGAUGAUGACAGAUAUGAUGACGACAAAUACUACAACCGCCCGGACCGAUACCCAGACGAUCGCUAUCCGGCCGGUCCAGACGAUCGCUAUCCCGAAAGAUAUCCAGACGACAGAUAUCCGGAUGAUAGAUACCCACCUGGUGUUGGGCCUGACAGAUACCCUCUCGAUAGAUAUCCACCACCGUCUGACCGUUACCCACCACCUUCUGAUCGAUACCCACCACCUUCUGAUCGAUACCCACCGCCCUCCGAUCGAUACCCUCCACUUUCUGACCGAUAUCCACCUCCUGCUGACAGAUAUCCUUCUCGUUAUCCAGUUGUACCAGUGUCUGAUCGCUAUCCAGCAGUGCCUGAUCGGUAUCCACCCCCAAAUGACAGAUACCCACCUUCUGAUCGAUACCCACCUACUGUGGAUCAGUACCCAAAUAGAAUACCAAUUGACCGGUAUCCAGGUGGUAAAUAUCCCAUAGAUGGUGAACGAUAUCCAAUCGACAAUGAGAUUGGGCGAUAUCCAGUUGAUCGGUAUCCGAUAAGUCGAUACCCAGUCGACGAUUACUCAGAUCGGUAUCCACAGGACAGAUAUCCGAUUCGACCAAGCCGAUAUCGACCGGGCUAUCCUAGAUAUCCUGAUAGGUACGAUCAGGACCGUUACCCCGGUAAUGAGUACCGGUAUCCAUAUAGCCGAUACCCGGUUGGUGUAAACCGGGAUCCUACGCCCCUAGGCGGUGAUAGAUACCCGGAUAUGUAUGACAAAUAUCCACCGAACGGAUCGUCAUAUCCUGGAUAUGGGCGCGGUGGAUAUUAUGGUGGUGACCGUUACCCUACGUCAGAUCGCUACCCAACUUCAGAUCGAUAUCCAACUUCUGAUCGGUAUCCAACAGCUGAUCGGUAUCCAACAGCAGAUCGGUAUCCAGACACUGCUAUAAGGCCAGCUCCAGACAGAAUUCCUGUGGAACCAAGGCCUACAUUUGGUUUAAGAAGACCUAUAGACAGGCCUGGUGGGUACCGAGGAAACUACGCACCACCUAUUGAGAGACCCAUUGGUGGACCCGGUUACGGUGGGUACGAGCCAGAUGGCCCAAUAGCACCAGUAGGUCCAUCUGGUCCAAUCGGUGGACCAAUCGGUGGACCAAUCGGAGGACCGAUCGGUGGACCGAUCCGUCCGCAGAUUGGACAAAGGCCCUGGCAAGGAUCCCGUUGUGAGGAAGAGAGCUUUAGACAAGUUGGCCGACAACGUAUGCAGAGACGAUUUGUGAGGCGAUUCACUACCGCACAAUCGUUGGCUCAAUGCCAGCGUGAAUGUAUCGAGGCGAGGGACUUUAUAUGUCGGUCGUUCAACUACAGGGAGUCAAGUUUCGGUGUUGAACCACGCGAUAACUGCGAGCUGAGCGAUCGUGAUACACGGGAAUUGGACGCGGCGAAUCCUGCGCACUUCGACAAUACCGCAAACGAAUACGACUUCUAUGAACGGGCAUUGGGACGAAUUGCUGACGAUUGUUUAGAUGUAUCCCAAGUAUGUAAUGAAGAUGGCAUGGAGUUCACAUUACGUCUACCUGAAGGUUUCUUCGGCCGUAUGUACACGUACGGUUUCUAUGACCGGUGUUUCUUCAGAGGAAAUGGCGGUGUUCAAAAUGUUCUACGUAUAACGGGUGCUCACGGCUAUCCAGAGUGCGGGACACAACGGUACGGAGAUACAAUGACAAACAUCGUGGUAGUACAAUUCAGUGACAACGUCCAAACAUCGCGUGACAAGCGAUUCAACCUUACUUGUCUCUUCCGGGGACCCGCCGAGGCAGUCGUUACAUCUAAUUACAUUGGAGCAGGGUCCGGGAGUCCCAUUCCGAUCGAAUAUCUUCCUGAGGAGAGUUCCCUGAACUCUAAGGUCCGAUUGCUGAUAUUGUACCAAGGAAGACCAACAACAACUAUCGCUGUGGGUGAUCCGUUAACAUUUAGAUUAGAGGCCCAGGAUGGGUACAACUACGCGACAGAUAUCUUCGCAACUAAUGUUAUCGCCAGAGACCCGUAUUCAGGAAGAUCGGUGCAGCUCAUUGAUCGUGUUGGAUGUCCGGUAGACCCAGAUGUAUUCCCGGAGUUGGAUAAAGGAAGAAGCGGAGAUUCACUCGAAGCGAGGUUUAAUGCAUUUAAAAUACCCGAGUCAAACUUCUUGGUGUUCGAGGCAACUGUGCGCACCUGUAGGGACGGAUGCCAGCCGGCAUACUGUCCAAAUCAAGCCGGGCGUACUGAACCGUCAUUUGGGCGACGUAGACGAGAUGUCAACUCCACGAUCAUUCCUGAGACAAACACUACAGAUACGGAAGAAACAAUCACCAAUAAGUCUGAAGAUAUAGUCUUUAAGAUAUCAUACGAGCAAGCAAAGGUUGAUAAGUAUUUAAAGGAUGAAGUUGAGACGCCCAGCCAUGUGAGGAAAAUGAUCGAGGUAUUUGACAACCGCAAUGAGUUGAUAGAGGAGAAUGGUCAGGCAGACUCGGCCCCGGUUGUCGCUGAAGCGGGCGUUUGCGUGUCUCCACAGCACUACCGAGCUUUAUUGCUGGCAUUGUGCUCAUUGCUCGCUUUGCUCCUGGCUAUGUUGAUUGCAGCUCUGUAUAUAUACAAGCGUUACUGGCGCGUGCUUCGUAAGAACAUAUCGGCUGCAGCACCUCCUAUAUCGCGCCCGGCUGCUCCGGGACCGAGACCAACUAGACCAUCCUUGUUCUCUGCUUCACACUUACAUAAACCGUUCUCUUUAAGCGGAUUAGGCAGAAAUUUCACUGAAAUUGGCGAAGAGGCGGGCUCAUCGGGACGUUUGGCGAACACUUUUGAUGAUGGAAGUGAACCAAUUUAUACUGACCCCUCACUGUUUGAACGAUCUAGGUCUCUAAGGUCCCUUCACUCAUUGGACCUGAAACCUGACCGAAGAGAGCAUCACGCUUAAUUAUUAAUUAUAUAGGCCACCACACGCAAAUAUUGUUUUUUUGGCAGUCGACAUUUCUUAAGCUUUUAAACCAUUUUUAAUUUUGCUGUCGUUUACGCGCAUAUAUAGGAGUAUGUCUGAAUUUUUUUUUUCAUUUAAAAUUUUUCCAACACUUAUUAUGACAAUACCAUGAAAGUUAAUUUAAAAUCACAGAUAAUAAAAUUAAUUAACUUACAAUACUGAUGGGCUAGUGUUGGCCUUAAAAUUAUUUAAAUUCGUUUACAAAACUUUACUGCCCAUACCUGCUCAGAUUUCCGUUAAUAAAAUCACAAGAUGAAUAACAUUUUUAAUACAUUAAUGAUUAAAAUUGUAAGUCAGUACUAAUAAAUAUA